AUGUCGAAUUCGAAUCCAUUCUAUAUGAAAAAUCUAUUGUUUUCUGCUCGAUCAAAUUCAUGGGAACAACGCUCCGCAGUUGACAGCAAUGUUACAUCUAAUGAUAACAUCAAAGAAUAUUCGCAUCCUAAUAUGAUAAUUGAAUCACCUGACAAAUUGAGUAAGUCACACGCAUUUGAAUUUUUACAACUAACAUCAUCAAUUGAAUCAAAAUCAUCGUCUUCCGAUGUUGUAAAAGAUAAAAUCGCAUUCAGCAUUGAAGAAGACGAACUUGUAUCAUCUAACAAUAGAGAGUCAUUUUCUUAUGAUAAUCUGUCGCAUUUGAGUCUGUUAAUUCCUCAACAACGAUCUACUCAUGUUUUCACAUCAUUUAAUAAUGCUGCACAAUCAACAAAGUUAACAUCAAAUACGAAUAAACGAUCAUCAUUAUUACGUAGUUUGUUUAAAAGAAAUUCAUCAAAGCAAAGCACAUACGUUGUACAACAACCGAUAAAAAACUUUCAAUCAAGAAACAAAAGACGAAGUAUUAGUGGUGGAGACCAUGUUAAGAUUUCACUUACAAAAGAAAUUCACGUGGAAGAUUCUUUUCAAGCAAAACAUCCAUCAGCUAUGAAUAUUCAGGGAGAUAUUAGUACCAACCAGGAAAAUAAUAAUAAUCAAAUGCAACUACCAUUACAAGGCUUACGCUAUGACUUUAAGGAUAUAAAAUCUAUAUCGACUACUGUCAAUUCGUCAGAAGUGCAAAAUCCAUCAAAAGAUUCUGCUAUUUCAGUACCAUUUAUUAGUCGUUUAUCUAAUAUAAAAGAGAAAUCCUUGUCAUCUCUACCGGAUUCAACAUUACUAUAUCAAAAUACCAACGAACAAAAACAGUAUAUUCAAAGUGCACAUACGGUUGACGGUAUACCAAAAAUUAAAACCACUCAUAGUUCACUAGAGAGAAUAUCAUUUAAUGCUAAUCAACAUAAAUUCUAUACACAAACACCAAACUAUCAUUAUCCAAAACGUCUUUCAACUAUUAAAACGCUUGCAACGCAGUAUUCGUUACCAGCAACAACACGAAAUACUACAGGACUUUUCUGGUUUAAUGCUAAUCAACAAGCGGUGAAUAGAACUAUUUCAUUUCCAAAACAGAAUCAUAUGAAGAAGAAAAAUAAUAGACUUGACUCAUCUUCUGAUAGUCGAGACACUUCAUCAUCGUCUAGUAAUAGUACUGAAACAAUUACAAACAGUACAUCUUCGAAUUCGUCAAGUUCAUCAACAAAUACCAAGAGUAAAAGCUAUAGCAAAUCUAGUUCCACUAGUAGAACAUCAAGUUCUCAAUCCGAGCAAUCAACAACGAAAGUCAUACGACAAUAUAAUCGAAAUCAAAAUGAUCAAGAUGAUUUUAUUCGGAUCGAUCUAAAUUCAAUGACAAGUCGAACAUCGGCGAAGUACAAAAAAUAA